AUGGAUUUAUUGUGGAAUCAAGUGAAAGCCGGGAGAGAAGAGAGCCGGGCCAUCGGCGAUCUACUCUCAUGGCUGCUUUCCUUCUUCCUUCUCGUUGCCGUUCUCGCCAUAGUUCUCUACCAGGUCAUGUGCUUGGCGGACCUUGAAAAUGAUUAUGUCAACUCUUAUGAUUCUGCAUCCGAGAUUAACAUACUCGUGGUUCCGGAAUUUGUUCUUCAAGGAGCACUAUGCUUCCUACAUCUUGUGAUGGGACAUUGGUUAAUGUGUCUGGUCUGUCUCCCGUACUUAUAUUAUGAUGUCAAAGUCUAUACUGAUCGUCGCCACUUGCUAGAUGUAACUGAGAUUUUCAGCCAGCUACCACGGGAAAAGAAGAUUCGGUUGUUUAAGCUUGGAUACCUUGGGAUACAUCUUGCCAUUUCUAUAAUCUGUAUGAUCUGGAGCAUUGUGGCGGAAUGAAGAAUGAGGAAUUUGCUGAUCUCACCAAAGUUCCCUAGUUCCUCUGUCUGCUGCAUAGCAUUUGCAUAAGUAAAAAGAUGGAGGGCAUUAACUUGGUGUGUUUCCUUCAACCUGUACAACAUGUUAUCUUUCUCUUCGUAUAACCAAUAUUGGCUCUCACAAGAGCUAUUGCUCAUCAAGUUUUCUUACUUUCUUUUAAAUUUUAUAUCCUCGUUACUUCAACAAGUAGUAUUUUGUUACUGUGAAAAAGAUGGAGUAUAGUUACCUCUUCAAACCAGAUACACUUUCACUUUUUCACUCUCAUUUACUCCUUAUAUCAGAAUGUAAUGGUGGCUCCACUUGUCCCUUCAACUA